CAAACUAGAUGAUGACUUAGGAGUUGGCUGGAUACAAACAAGGAUGAGAGGAGGCUCAAUUUUCAAAAUGACCAAUUGCGUAUUUCCCACUGCCAAUGUGAAUUUGUGCAAAUAUUGUUGGCUUUGAAGGAAAUCCAUGAAGGAAUUUCACAUGACCACGCUAUUAUUUUGAUAUGAGAAACCACAACCAAGUUUUGCUCUGCCUAUCUCCAAGUUAAUUUAAUCAGUCAAUUGUAAAGCAAUUAAUCAGUCAAUUGUAAAGCAAUGUCGAAGCUUUACUUGCUCUUUGCCCUUUCCCUCGCCAUGCUUAUUUCAGGGGCUCACAUGGCAACCCUCAAUAUCAGAAACAACUGUCCAUUUACUAUCUGGCCAGCAACCCUUACUGGUGGUGGUGGACCUCAAUUGCCAAACACUGGAUUCGAGUUAGCCCCCCAAGGAUCAAAUUCCAUUAACGUUCCAGCUCCAUGGGUAGGCAGGCUUUGGGCUCGAACGCAAUGCUCAAGCUCAUCCGGAAGAUUCACUUGCGCCACUGCAGACUGUGGCUCUGGCGAGGUCGGUUGCAAUGGUGCAGGUGCAGCCCCUCCAGCAACCCUUGCAGAGUUCACUCUAGCAGCAAAUGGAGGACAAGAUUUCUAUGAUGUCAGUCUUGUAGAUGGCUUUAACUUGCCAGUUUCAAUAACCCUACAAGGCGGUUCUGGUUCAACCUGCACCACAACUAGCUGUGCGGCAAAUGUGAAUUCAGUUUGCCCAUCAGAGCUAGCUGUUAGAGGAUCUGAUGGGAAUAUCAUAGCCUGCAAAAGCGCAUGUGUAGCUUUCAAUCAGCCUCAGUACUGUUGCACUGAUGCAUAUAAUUCAGCCCAAAUAUGUCAACCAACAGACUACUCCAGGAUCUUCAAGAAUCAGUGCCCUCAGGCUUAUAGUUAUGCUUAUGAUGAUCCAGCUAGCAUUUUCUCCUGCACUGGUGGACCUAAUUACCUCAUCACUUUCUGUCCAUGA